CGCUGCUGUCCUGUCUUCUUCUGCAGCAUCACUUUGAUUCUCACUCCUCUCCCAUCUCUGACUCUCACUCAUCUCCAUCUAUCCGUCUCUGACUCUCACUCCUCCCCAUCUAUCCAUCUCUGACUCUCACUCCUCCCCAUCUAUCCAUCUCUGACUCUCACUCCUCUCCAUCUAUCCGUCUGUGACUCUCACUCCACUUCUCCGUCUCCUGUCCGUCUCCCCUUUCACCAUGAGCCUGAGGUCCAAGCGUGUCAGCAGCUCCAGUGGCUCUGUGCGGAGACACAGUGGGGGCUUCAGUGGCAUGUCCCUGGGUAGCGGCUCUCUGUACGCGGGGGGCUCAAAUGGCUACCACAGCAGUCCUCUCCACUCAGUCUCUGUCAACAGGAGCCUGCUGGCCCCGCUCAACCUGGAGAUCGACCCCAACCUGCAGGUGACCCGCAUCCACGAGAAGGAGCAGAUCAAGGGCCUCAACAACCGAUUCGCGUCAUUCAUCGAUAAGGUGCGUUUCCUGGAGCAGCAGAAUAAGAUGUUAGAGACUAAGUUUGACCUGCUGCACGGUGAUCAGACGGGCCGCUCCAACAUCGAGCCGCUGUUCGAGGCCUACAUGGCCAACUUGCGGCGCCAGAUGGACGUGGUCAACAACGAUAAGACCAAGCUGGACGGAGAGCUGAGGAACAUGCAGGGUCUGGUGGAGGACUUCAAACAGAAAUACGAAGAUGAGAUCAACAAGAGAAACAAUCUGGAGAACGAAUUUGUAAUCCUAAAAAAGGAUGUGGACUCAGCAUACCUGGUGAAAGCAGACCUGGAAGACAGGGUGGGAGCUCUGACUGAUGAGAUCAAUUUCCUCAGGACCCUCUAUGAGGAGGAGCUGCGUGAGCUGCAGGCCAGCAUCAGGGACACCUCUGUGGUGGUGGAGAUGGACAACAGUCGCGACCUCAACAUGGACCAGAUAGUGGCUGACGUCAAGGCUCAGUACGAAGACAUCGCUGCCAAGAGCCGAGAGGAGGCUGAGAUGUGGUACAAGUCCAAGUUUAACCAGAUGGCCAUCCAGGCCACCCAGUACGGAGACGAGCUGAGGAACACCAAGGGAGAGAUAGCAGAAAUCAACCGCUUGAUCGGACGUCUGCAGAGUGAGAUAGAAGCUGUCAAACAACAGCGAGCCAACCUGGAGAACCAGAUAGCCGAGGCUGAGGACCGUGGGGAGCUGGCUGUGAAGGAGGCUAAGUCCAGGAUCAGAGAUCUGGAGGAUGCUCUGCAGAGGGCCAAGCAGGACAUGGCCAGGCAGCUCAGAGAGUACCAGGACCUGAUGAACGUCAAGCUGGCCCUGGACAUAGAGAUAGCCACCUACAGAAAACUACUGGAGGGAGAGGAGGACAGGAUUGGACAUCAAUCUAUUCUCAACAUCCAGUCAGUCUCCAACUACAGUUCUAAGAGUUCCGCUAAUGGACGCCACAGCAGCUCCAGCUCCAGCUCCCCAACACCCAAACUGCUGAUUAAAACAACGGAACAGAGAGAGAGCUCCAGAUUCAGCUCUCACUAAAGACCCGUCGGAUCCUUCUGGCUGAGGGUGAAGAACCAUUAUAUAAGAGUUUAUAUCAGAUCUAUAUCACAUUUAUGGCUUCUUUGUCUAUCUACAUUCAGUAAUGAGCAUGAGAGAAUACCAUAAGAUCACGACACGAUAGAUGUGUGUUUGUAGCUAGAGGAAUAUAAACAUUUGGUUGUUCUUACUGUAAAGAAAAUAAAAAAUAUGUAUCAGUAUAUAAAAAUAUGUAUUUAGAGAAACCGUUUGGUCUUAUUUCGAGCAUACACCCUGCCGUGCAACAGCUGGGAUAGCGGUCAAAACGGAUUGUAGUGAGACAGUAGGCUAAUAACAGCAUCAUCCUCAUGCAGCGAGAUAAUGGUUCUUAUGGGGUCAGGAAACAGGACACCGCAAACUGGGUUUGGCCACCUACUUUCUGUGUCACCGGUGCAUGUGGCAGACAGGACUAAUACAGUUGAUUUUCUACUGAACUUUGUAGAGAGUUCUGUGAAAGUUUAGGAUUCAUAACAUUAUGAAAUGUAACAUGGCUUUGGAGAAGUAAAAUCAUGUGAUUUUUUUUUCUGAUUAUGAAAACAUACAAGAUUCAUGUAUUAUAUUAUCUGUCAGUUGAAGGUUCAUUAUUGUUUUCCAAAGGGCAAUUCUAUGGUAAAGGAACUACGCUGAGAGACUCAGAUUUUUCACUUUAAAAUGUAUACCAAACAAAAAAACGUUGAUUUCAAAGUUUAACAAACCAUACAACUCUAUGCACAAGGCCUACUUUUCACAAUCACUGAAAAUACACAUUUACAGCAACUGUGCAGAAGAAAUCACAGGAGGCUGCUGAGGGGAGGACAGCCCAUAAUAAUGG